AUGGCUGAGCAGCAACAGCAGAUGCCGAUGCUCAAAAUCUCAAUGCUCCACCAUCGGGACAGGUCCAAAGAUGAGGAGACCUGGAUGAAAUGGUACCUCGAGGAGCAGAUUCCACGCUUCAUUGCCGUGGUCCAUAAGCAUGGAAUUGAACGUUGUGAACUUUACUUGACACCAGACCCGUUCAAGGAGAAGUUCCAGGCCGACCUGGAUACAUUCAAGGGGGGCCGCGACGCGGGAUGGAAGAUGGCGUCGUACGACGCGGCCACAAUCUAUUGGGUGUCAGACCCGCAGAAGCUCCGCAACUUGGUCAGCGACCCGGAGUAUCAAAAAAUCAUUGAGUUUGAGAAGGGCUGGAUCGACCAAAACAGAGUCGACGUGCAAGCCGGUACGCAAUACACGUUCAUCGAGAACGGCAGCAUAGUCAACACCGUCACAAAGGCGUACGACUAG